AUGUAUGGAUCUUCGAAAAAACUUCAAACAUUAUUCGAAAUUCAUCAUAAUCGAUAUGAACAAACUCAUCAUAAUGUAUCGAAAGAAAUUAAAGAUACCGUAUUACGACGAUUGAAAUAUUAUGGUGAAACAAAUCAACGUUUAUUACAAUUAUUAGAUGAAGAGCAACAAAGAGAAUUAGAGCAAGAAUUAGAAGAAGAAGAACGUCAAUUAGAGCGUCCAUCACUUGUUACACCGUGUCAAUCUAGACUUCAUGAAGAAAUAAAAGAAUUGUGUGAUAUGCAUAGUCCUAUGAUGAAUUUAAAACAACAUCCUAAAGUAUUUUGUCAUUUAUCUUAUGUUUUUACUGGUACGACAUUUGUCAAUGAUUGUCAAGCUAAUAGUUGGCAAGAAAAUUUUUGGAUUUCAACUGAAUUUCAACAAGCUAAUUGGGUGCUCGGUCGUUUAAGGCUUCUUUAUUAUCAACAACAAUCGAAUAAUCCGUCGAUCACAACAUUACAUUUAUUAUUACCUCGUAUCAAACGAGUUCAAUCGAUUUUUGUUAACACGUCAAGUCUUACAAUUCCUCCAUUAAUUAGACAUCUUAAUGAUGCUGUUUCUUUCUUCCUACCACUUGAAUGGUUAGUUCAAUUAUUUAUUUUUAACGGUAUUAUUUAUUUGGAAACAGUUGAUGAACAAAUAGCUUAUUGUCAAUGUUUAAGUUUAUGUUCAAAACUUCGAACGGUGGAAGAAGAAGAAGCAUUUAAAAAUGGUUGGAUUGCUGUUGAUGGCUUUGUUAGUAAUAUUGAACAUCGUCAUUAUUUGAAAAUGCAUAAAGUUCGAUUCCAUCGUAAUUUACUAAUCUUUGUCAAACAAAAGAUUGAAAAUCGAAAUAAUUUACAUGCACCUAUAACAUCACAUGUUGGUAGUAUUAUUCUUAAUUCACUUAAACUAAUUUAA